AUGAAGAUUUGCUUGAGGUUGCUGACUUUGGCCACUAGAAGUGCCCUUCUUGAGAAAACUGUGGAGAUGGUAGCAACGGACUUUGAUGUGCCCAAGUCAUCCACAAUGUUCACAUUGAGGUCUGGUUUGACCCUUGAACCUGUCAUAAUCUUGUCUCUUUACAGCAGCCACAGAAAUGUCGUCAGAUUGAAGCGGAACAUGAAGUUCACGUUGGCAUUCUUCUUGAACCAGCGCAGCCUUCUUCAGUUGGGCUUCUCUGAAGCUUGGACUUCUCUGGUCAUCUCUGUUGAUCUAGCACGCAGCCUCAAACAAGGCGACCCUCCAUCCUCUUACCUAUUUAUUCUUGUUAUGGAGAUUAAGGAUUCGUUGCAGAGUUUGGAGAAGAACACAGGGCUAAGGAUAAACAAUGAGAAGUCCUCAAUUUAUCUUCUUGUCAACCCUGCAACUAAUGUUAAGGAUGAUGUGCUUUCUAUUUUAGGGUGGAGCAUCGAGACUCUUCCCAUGCAAUAUCUUGGUCUCCCAGUGUUUUACGGGAAGCUUAAGGAGGUUUGGUGUCAACCUCUACUAGACAAGGUGGACAAGCAUCAUGCUGCAUGGAAAGCAUCAAUUCUUUCUUGUGCACGAAGAAUAUGCCUCUUGAAACAUGUCUUGACGAGUGUCGUAAAUUAUUGGAUGACAAUAUUUGCUUUGCCAAGAAAGGUCAUUAACAAGCUGAAUUCCUCUGUGGCAGCAUUCUUGUGGGCUGUUGGGAGAGUUCCAAGGGCCAGCACCAUAUUGCUUGGGGGACAAGCUGCACCCUAA